ACCAAGACACCAAAACAUAGCAAAAAACAGUUGGGUUUUAAUGAAGAUUGAAAAGGUCAGAGCCAGCAAACAACCUGGUUUCACUCCCAAUUCAUACAGAUUCUUCCUAAUUACAGCAUUAAUUUUCCAUCUUUAAUUACUUCGUAAUAGUGGGAUCUCCAAUCAUUUGUCCACCAUUUACAGCUAUUUAUCAUAUCCAUCCAUCAUAAAUUGAUAUAAAUAAGUGUGGUUUAGGCAAAUCCAAGACUUUGUUCAAUCCCAUUUGUCUGAGGUAGAGUUUCCAAGCUUUGUUCAUGCUUCCUCUUCCUGAGCUUCUCUUUGAUCCUCAGACAAUCUGAACCAAAGAAAAACAUAAUAUCUCGGAUUCAACUUCAAGAGCAGCAGCCUAGGUUUCAGAUCUUGCUGAGGAAAAAAAAAAAGGGAAAGACAAUGGCAUUCACAGGAACUUUAGAUAAAUGCAAGGUUUGUGACAAGACUGUCUAUGUGGUUGACAUGAUGUCUCUUGAAGGAUUACCUUACCAUAAAUCCUGCUUCAAAUGCAGCCACUGCAAAGGAUUUCUAUCGAUGAGUAGCUACUCUUCCAUGGAUGGAGUCCUGUACUGCAAGCCUCAUUUCGAGCAACUUUUCAAGGAAUCUGGCAAUUUCAGCAAGAAUUUUCAAACAGCAAAAUCUUCUGAGAAGCAAGGCGAGCUGACUAGGGCUCCAAGCAAGCUCUCUUCCAUGUUCUGUGGAACCCAAGACAAAUGUGCCACUUGCUCCAAAACGGUGUAUCCUCUUGAAAAGGUGACAUUAGAAGGAGAAUGUUACCACAAGACAUGCUUUAGGUGUGCUCGUGGUGGGUGCAAUCUUACACAUUCUUCAUAUGCUGCCCUUGAUGGAGUUCUCUACUGCAAGCACCAUUUCGCUCAGCUCUUCAUGGAGAAAGGAAACUACCACCAUGUCCUGGAGUCUGCUACUCACAAGAAGAAUGAUCAGACACCUCCUGAAGCAGCAGACUCUGACCCAAAGCUGGAGCUUGAACCAGAGGACAACACACAAGAGCAAUCCUAGAGAAGACACUUCAAGGACAACACACAAAAGCAAUUUUUCUUUCUUUCGCUUUCUUUUGUUGGGUGCAUAGCCUCUCACAUUGUUGAAAUUCAUAUCAAACUUGUUCACAAAUUCUUUUGAAGUUAUUGAUCUUGUUUUUAAAGUAACAAGCACGUAGGGGCAAUGUAUUUAUUAUGUACUUUUUUCAAUUGAUUUUUGUUGGAGAAUUAUGUAAGGUAAAAACAACCUUGCAGUUGAGAAAAAUAAAAGGCAGAGAGCAAGUUAAUGGAGGCAAAAAGAAUCUGCCAUUCUCA